GAAAGACUCACCGCAUCCAAAAUUCAGCUACUCACUUCUCUAUACCAUCUUUUAUUAAUCCUAACACCCUCAUAAUGGCUGAACCAUCCCCAGAUGCUAUCCUAUCAGUCCCAUGCCACUUGAGCGGCGUCACCCGUUUAUGUUUCUCUCUCGAUGGCACCACAAUCUUCACUGGCGGCUCUGACUGCCUUGUUAGAAUACAUGAAGCGGGCAAUCCAGAGUCUGAACCUGGAUUUCACGAUGAACAUACGGAGGCUGUGACUUGCCUGGCCUGCUCUAAAGACGAACUUGUCACUGGAUGCGUUGAUAACAUUGUUAGACAGUUUUCCUAUCCGGAGAACAAAUUUACAGGCUUUGUGACAAGGUCGUCUGGUGUUCCGAUCAGGUGGUUAAGCGUGGAUAAAGCUGGGGAAAGAGUGGCUGUUUGCAGCGAUGACAUGGUGGUUAAAAUUGUCAACCUCAAGGACACGACCAAGGUGUCUCUAGUAUCCGAUAACAACAAACCAGUCAGAUCUGCUACUUGGGAUCCAACCGGAAAAUAUCUUACAACGACAUCAUGCGAUGGCAAGCUGAAAGUGUACGAUACCUCUGGCUCAACACCAUAUUGUGUGAAAGUUUUUGAAGGGGUGAUCGCGGCGAGUGAUUCUGACUCUGAUACUUCCUGCUAUGCACAAUGGCACCCUUCAGGCAAUUAUUUCGCGGUCCCCACGCGAACUAACGACAUUGCCGUUUUUGGUCGUGACGGUUGGGGCAGACAAUCCUCUUAUACCCCGGACGGACCCAAGGCUCUUAUCGGCGAACUCGCUUGGUCUCCCAAUGGGAAGUACCUUGCCGUGGCGGCCGCCACUAACCUAUACAUAUUCUCCUCCGAAACUCGUCAACCCAUUGGAUCUUAUACUUGCCCCGAUGGUGCUAUUUCCGGCCUCCAAUUUUCUCCCAAUGCCAAUCUUCUUGGCUUUACCUCCCUCGACGGCUCUUUCCACCGAUGGAUGGAACCUAUUCCUUCAGAACUUCCUGAUCCUUACACAUCUGAAGCAGCUCAAGCGAAAAAACUUGAGAAAUUGCUGGACGAUGAUUUCCCGGACGAUGACGAUGAUAUCGAGGAGAGGGGCGAAGACAUUGGGGAUGAGGACAUUUUUGGGGAUGACAACUGGAUCGUUGAUGAUGACGGGAAUCUUGGAGGAUAUGGAGGAGAUGACGACGAGAAGAAGUGGGGCAAGGGGAGGACCGAGGUUGUCAAUGUCACCAAGGCGCAAGCACCUUUCACUCCGGGCAGUACAUCCUUUAGGAAUAAGAAGCGUUAUCUGGCCUUCAACAUGAUUGGUGUGAUCGAUGUAACUGAUCAAGAGACUCACAAUGUGAUCAACGUUGAGUUCCAUGAUAAGUCAGCUCGUCGUGGCUACCAUUUCCAAGAUCAUAACAAGUUCACUCUUGCCUCUCUCGGAGAGCAAGGUAUCGUUUAUGCUUGUCCUGCUGAAGGCGAUCAACCCUCUCUUGUGUACUACCGACCUUACGACUCUUGGACUUCCCAGUCCGACUGGACUCUCAAUCUCCUCCCGGGAGAAAACGUCGUGUGUGUAACAGCUGGUGGGCCUGCCAAUCCAGAGACUGGAAUGGGCAGUGUAGUUGUUGCGACAAGUAAGGGUUGGGUACGAUUCUUGAGUGCCAGUGGUAUACAGAAAUAUAUGUGGAGGCUCGGAGAAGAGGUUGUCAGUAUGGCAGCGGGGGUUGACAGGGUCUUGAUUGCGCACAGAGAAGGAGGCACGAGUUUGGACGGAUGUCAGAACCUACGAUAUACGUUACUCGACCUCGAGUCUUACGAUAUUGUUCAAGAAGGUAAAAUCCCUUUACCAAAAAAGACCACCUUAACUUGGCUUGGCUUCACAUCCGAUGGAGCUCCUGCAGUGUUUGAUACUUCAGGUCUCUUAUCCAUCCUUGACAGGCAUAGACGACCAAACCAGGGCCGAUGGGUUCCUCUCCUCGACACCACCUCUCUGGCACGAGACGGGAGGAAGGAAGGAUACUGGCCCGUGGGAGUGUCGGCUACGCACCUAUCUUGUGUCUUGCUUAAAGGUUUGGAAACGGAGCCAUCGUUCCCUAAACCUCUCAUUCAGGAGGUUGAGCUGCACAUGCCUAUGCUGAACAUGGACAACCAACAAGGCAAACUAGAAGAGAGCUACGUCCGAGGAUCUGUCAACCUUUCCAACCUCGCCGACUCUUCCGACCCUGAUGCCCCCUACGUCCUCAAGGAGACCGAGCUUGCCAUGGAUAAGGAAAUGCUUCAACUCGUGCAAGGAGCUUGUAAGGCCGACAACCUCCAACGUGCUUUAGAUGUAGCCCGUCUCAUGCAUCAUAGCGCCACAAUCGAAGCAGCCGCGAAAGUUGCUGCUUUCUAUCACUUGCCUGGUCUGCAAGAAAGGAUACAGAGUGUCAAGGGAGAGAAGGAGAAGGAGAAGCGAGAGAAGAAGCGAGAGGCAACACGGGCACCGGAAAGAAGCUAUCGAUAUUCUUCCCCUCCUCCAGAGAAAGCAGCCAGCAGAGAGUUCACGGACUUUGCGCCCCGUACGACAAAUCGACGGUCUUUUGCAGGCGCAGGUGCAGGUGUCAAUAGAGAUUCCACUCCUGCCGCUUCUGGCCCUCCCUCCACUUUCAUUCCCGAAACGCCAGGACUAGAAGUUGAUACAGCGCCCGCGCCAGGACUUCAUGAAGACACAGCAUUGUCAGAUAUGAAGCGAAAGAAAGACAUGGAAAUUGACGACUUUGCGAUGCCGAGGAGUAAGAAAAGAGGGUCAGAUUUCUCUUUCGACAAACCUACUGGUGCGGCCAAGAACCCAUUCGCGUCAAGAAAAUCGAAUGUUCCAGCUUCCAAUCCGUUCGCCAAGGGGUCUACUGGGGGCAAACCUCUCGAUGCAAUAAAGAGUACCAGCUUUUUUGAUAGAGUCGAUGACCUGGAAUCGAAUGGGGCGCCUAAGCCUAAAAAAACCAAAGCGAAGAAGGAAAAAAUCGCAGAAGGGGCAAUUUCUGGUGCUGGCGGGAAACAGACUACCCUUUUCGGAGCUGGCAUAAUGAAGAAAACUGCGUCCAGUAAAUCAGUGAACGGAACACCUAUCGAAUCCGAGUCAGAUAGAGAUACUGAAACAUUAGUGCCGGAAACGUUGCUGGAGGAAAUGCAAGAAACACCAGCGGUUGAGGAGGAUGAAACCCAAGAGGACGAAACGCAGACAGAAGAAACUCGGGAUUGAUACACUUUUGGGCAUGUGUUCCGUGCAUGACUUGUUAAUUGUAUGCAUUCUCUAUUACAGGUAAGGUACGGUAUCAUAUACUGUACUUCUAACACGCGAAAGCGACAAAUGGUCCUUUGGGUCACCUGAUGAUCAGUUGCUAAUCCGAU